AAGUGAGUUCAACUUUCAUACAGUUUGUUUGGAGAGGAAAUCAAAUCACAACCAACGGACCAACGAACCAACUCAACACUCCAUCCCACGACUUCCCAGGUCUCAGGACUCUCAGGGACUCUCUGGAGGAGGAGGAGGAGGAGGAGGAGGACCCUCGGACCCGCUGUCCGCCGAAGCCAGUCGAGCUACUGUUUCUAUUGUCUCUCAUUGAAUUCAAUCGAACAGAGAGAGUUUGAGUGGUUGGGGGUAGAUCCACCAUCCAAGCCCAGAUCUUUCUUUGCGAUGGCGCACCACAGAACCAAGCUGUUACUUGUGUUCCUCUUCUUCCUCUCCUUCGCUGUCGCCGCCCUCAUUGCGGCCGCAGGGAAGAGCUAUUAUGAAAUACUGCAGGUGCCCAAGGGAGCCUCCGACGAGCAGAUCAAGAGAGCUUACCGGAAGCUCGCCUUGAAGUACCAUCCUGAUAAGAACCCCGGCAACGAAGAGGCCAACAAACGAUUCGCCGACAUUAACAAUGCAUACGAGGUGCUUUCGGAUAGCGAGAAGAGGAACAUAUACGAUAGGUACGGAGAAGAGGGUUUGAAACAGCAUGCAGCUAGUGGAGGCCGAGGUGGCGGCGGCAUGGGAAUGAACAUCAACGACAUUUUUUCCGAGUUUUUUGGUGGUGGACGCCCUACGGAAGAAGAAGAUAGAAUCAUCAAGGGAGAUGAUGUAAUCGUUGAAUUGGAUGCAACAUUGGAAGACCUCUAUAUGGGAGGCUCGUUAAAGGUUUGGAGGGAGAAGAACAUUCUGAAGCCAGCACCAGGCAAGAGACGAUGUAACUGCAGAAAUGAGGUAUAUCACAGGCAAAUUGGUCCAGGGAUGUUCCAACAGAUGACAGAACAGGUCUGUGACCAAUGUUCCAAUGUCAAAUAUGAAAGGGAGGGAUAUUUCGUUACUGUUGAUAUUGAGAAAGGGAUGCCAGAUGGGCAAGAGGUGGUCUUCUAUGAAGAUGGUGAGCCUAUAAUUGAUGGAGAACCUGGAGAUCUAAAAUUCCGCAUCCGCACAGCAGCUCACGACCGGUUCAAAAGGGAAGGCAACAACUUACACACAACUAUCACUAUCACACUGGUUCAAGCUCUUGUUGGCUUUGAGAAGACUAUUAAGCACCUUGAUGAUCAUUUGGUGGACAUUAGCUCAAAGGGAAUUACAAGGCCCAAGGAAGUGAGGAAAUUCAAAGGGGAAGGGAUGCCUUUACAUUUCAGCAACAAGAAAGGAGAUUUGUACGUAACAUUUGAGGUUUUAUUCCCGAACUCGGUAACAGAUGAUCAAAAGACAAAGAUCAAGGCGGUUCUGGGAUAAGUAAGUAGGAAUAGAGGAUAUAUAAUUUUGUUUUUGUUUUGGUAGUUUAAAAUGUUUUCCAAUUGUAACAUGAUGAGAUGAGUAGAGAGACAUUAA